AUGGAUAAAAAUGGUACUGACUUUGAUCAUUUAAUUCAAACAUUAAAAGAUCGUCUUGGUACUAAUGCUCAUGCAAUUCAGUGUCCAAUUGGAGCGCAAGAUGCUUUUGAUGGAAUUAUUAAUAUAAUUGAGAUGAAAGCGUACCAUUUUGAUGGUGAACCAAAUGAGGAUUAUAAAGAAAUUCCGAUUCCUGAAGAACUUAAAGAUACUGCUGAAAUUAGAUCUGAAGUAUUCUUUGAUGCACUUUCUCACUUUGAUGAAGAUUUCUUUACGAAAUAUGCUGAAGGAAAAGAACUAAAAGUUGCAGGAAUUAAAAUAGUAAUUCGUAAAGCAACAAUUGCUGAUAAGUUCUUUCCAGUAUUAUAUGGUAGUACCUUUAAAAAUAAAGGAGUUAAAUUAAUGAUAGAUGCAGUUAUUGAUUACUUGCCUUCACUAUCAGAUGUAGCUGCAAUUAAAGGAAUAUUACCUGCCACAUCAAAAGGAGCAGAACGUCAUUCUAGCGAUGAAGAACCUUUCUCAGCGUUGGCAUUAAAGGUCAUGACGGACACUUUUGACGGAAGAUUAAUUUCUUUUACGGUAUACUUAGGAACAUUAUAA